AUGGACAGUUUUGGAGUGGAAUUCGUCAAUUUCGUUGGUCAGUUUGGCUAUGAUCGCAUCCUCAAAGUUCUGGGACGCCACAUGCGAGAUUUCCUCAAUGGUCUGGAUAACCUUCACGAGUACCUGCGUUUCAGCUACCCUAAGCUCAAACCUCCCUCUUUUUUCCUAGAAAUGUGUAUACGUAUGUGUGUGAGUAAACCCAGUAUCGUUCUUAAGGCUAGAUAUUACAAAGGUCUGAACUUUAACCACUGUAGAUCUGACGUAAUCAGGGCUAUGUAG